AUGAUGGUUCCGGUACAACUUCAAACGGAUCACAAUAAAAAGAAGACAACAGUAAUAGCACUGUUAGAUUCUGCGUCAGAUCAAUCCUUCAUAACAACAUCACUCGCUCAUACACUAAAUCUCAAUAUACAAAGCGAAGCUACAAUCAUAGUAAAUACCUUUGGAGGCAAAGCUGAGAAGAAGAAAACUAAGAGAGUAAUCACCUCACUAUUCAACGCGGAAGGAGAUUUCAUAAACGUCGAGCUUCUGACAAAUGAUCAAAUCACACCCCCUCUCCAGAUGGGAUCGGUGCUUCGAGAAGACGAGCUCUUCAUCCGCGAACAUCUCUCCGAGGACGAAGUGCUCAGACUCUUAAAAAAGAAUAAUGAUACAGUAAUCCCCGGAAUACUUAUAGGAAUGGAUUACUUCAAUUCAGUCAUGCAGCUCGACGAGCCUGUCAUCCGUCUUCCGUCAGGAUUCCUCCUCACGCACACUUUCUUCGGUGCCGUGAUAUCAGGUGCCCCUCAAUUUGAUAAUGGACAACAUGAGAGGAGCCAUUUCAGCAAACGGGUCACCAAUUCAUGCACUAUCCUUCAAUCCAAUCAAAUUGACAUAUCCGACUUGUGUAAGCUCCAUACAACAGGAAUUGAAGAUAUGACUUCCGAUGAAGAAAUAAACAAUCAAAUCAUAGCAGAUUUCUAUUCAAAGGUUCAAAUCGAAGACAAUAGCAUUUUCGUGUGUUUCCCUUGGAAGCCAAACAAAAUGCGCUUGCCAACAAAUACACACUUGCCUUAA